CUCGCAAGCUCGGUUCCAACGACGGUGGCGCACAUAUUCUAGCAUUUCUUCAAAUUCGACUUCAUCAGGACACCCUGACCUCCACCCCCACGCCACCAAGAAAAUGGCAACCAUCUCGAUUCAGGAGAAAGCCCCCAAGCAGGGCCAAUUGACUGUCUCUACUCAGCUUCUCGCACCUAGCCAGAGAAGUCCGGAAGGGAGCUUAGAUAUCCGCCGAAAUUCGAACGUAUCGACACCGUGCUCCGCCGCCCCUAAUGGAUUCGAUACGGACAUCGAGGCAAUAAUGCCCAUUCAUUCGUCCGAUCACCUGAACAAGACAGCAUCGGGCAACCCCGGACCAAAGUCGGACUGCGCUGUAUGGCCUGGUCAAGAUCAUUGGCGACAAAAGGCACGAGCAGCUAAGAUCAAUAACCGAUCGUGUCAGUGCAUGGCUCGUCUUAGCCAGCGAAAUAGGAUUAUAGCCAAAGUCCUCAUCGCGUUUUUAAUCGUCGGUGUCGCCGUUGGUGUUGGUUUUGGUAUUAGCAAACCUCUCGGCGCGGGUAUUUGGCAGCCUAAGAACCACUGAUUACUCCCACUGGACACUACAACUACUGGAGAAAAAAAUCCGAGGAGUAUAUACCCUCGCGAAGCAGGGGCGAAAUAUGCAUUAUCAGGGACG